UGAAGAAACUAAACAUCGAACGGUUUAUAAGGAGACCUUAUUUUGAUACAACUCAAUCUGUUUGUUGACGGCAAUAAGACGAACGAGAUGCCGAGAAACGGAGACGCUACUUCAUACUACCAACUUAACUCAAAUGUGCCCAUCAAAGCUCCAGAAGGUCCUCUCAGUGACCAAGUCCUCUGGACGAUCGCGACAAACCUCACAAACCGAUGGUACGAGCUCGCCUACGCCCUCAAUCUCCCCGACACCGAGCUCGCCCGCAUCGACCAUCUCUUCCCUCCACAACCCGAGCAUGACCGUCAUUUUAGUGCCCUGAGGGACUGGCGAUUCAGGUCAUUGAAACUCAUACCUCCCCACCAGGCGGCAAUGGAACUGUCCAAUAGUAUGAUGAAACUAGGACGUCAUGAUUUGAGCAAUUUCGUCUUGUAUAAAUACCAAGAGGCGUUACAAUGUUCUUGAGUUAGUAGAGUCCUAGGCCUUCAUUACUUGAACGAGAAGUUAUUUUAUAAAGAGGAUAAAAUAGAAGACACUUUUAUGAAAUGUGACAAAAAUUAAAAAUAGAAAUAGUUUAUAUUUUUGUCGGUAGGUGCUCUUUAAAGGGUCAAUUCCAUUUUCUUUCAGUUUUGUAAUUUGAUCUGAAGCGCCUUAACCAUGUAAUGAAGCUGUAAGUCCGUUGAACAAAUUGAAAUGCUAUGUAUCAAAUUGUUAUGAUGCUGAUGACUAUUAUAAUUUUUAUUACAUUCAUUGAUUUUCUCGCUGACUUGAAUCAUAAUGAAUUAAAGGUGCAAUAUUAAUAGACAUGACAUCUGAGGGGAUACUUAUUUUCGUGAAUAUUUUUUGUCAGUGAUUUUCACCGACGGAUGUUAUAAGCUACUGAAAAUCCUUGCAUCUGACUGGCUGAUAGGAAAUUAGUCAGUGAAAAUCAUUUGCAAAAUUUAUCGUCACGUUUAUGAUAUGCUUUCUUGAAUGUUAAUCGGGAUCAAUUUGAUUUGGUUAAAUGUAUCUGAACCAUGUUUGUGUUCACAUGUUUAUGAUGUUUACCAUGAUUUCAUGAAUUAAAAAUGAUUAUUUUAUUAGGAUUAA